AUGGCUCAUUGGAGUUUCGGCGGCAGCGUCAGCGGUCGGCCAUCUUCCCGAGGGGGCUUCUCCGGAGCCUCUGCAGUGGUGGAUGGAAGCCUGGCGGUCCUGGUGUUCGGGGUGUCCGUGAUGCUGAUCGAGAAGCAGAUCCAGAAACUGGACGAGUGGAGAGCGAAGCUCGAGAGCGUCCUCCUCAAGCCAGAGGUGGCUGAGACUGAGCGGCGUGUCGGUGAGGACCAGCCGCCGCCGGCCAGAGGAGACAACACGGUCAUCAUUUACAACAGAGUGCCCCAGACGGCCAGCACGUCCUUCACCAACAUCGCCUACGACCUCUGCAGGAAAAACCAGUUCCACGUCCUGCACGUCAACAUCUCCCCAAACAACCCUGUCCUCUCUCUGCAGGACCAGAUUCGUGUUGUGAAAAACAUCACCUCAUGGAAAGAGAAGAAGCCCGGCUUCUACCACGGCCACAUGGCUUAUCUGGACUUCGCAAAGUAA